AUGGGAUUCUAUUCAGACUCCUGGACAUUCGACUUUGACCUCGUAUUCAAGUAUCUCAUGUUCAUCGAUGGAUACAAUUAUCUCACAAAUCCUAUAGAUUUUGUUAUUCUAUCGAUUCUACGACUAAUUCUUCUACUCACGGCUGUGGCUUUAAUCACCUUCCACAAGGAUCACCAUGCGAAAGUCAUGUUCAUGCCGAUGGUUGGCUUCGCAACGUUCUGCUACUCCUACACUCUGGUGAAGGUACUCGCGUUUUCCGAGAACAUCAAAAUGAUGCGAUAUCCCGGAUUGUGGUUUUCGGCCACGUGGUCCAUGACGGCUGCUUUGCUAUUCGCUCUUAUCUGGUAUUUUAUUAUCAGCGCACACGAUUUCGAUUAUCAACGACUGGUCUCUGAACGCAUAAGUGCAAUAACAACAGGAGACACUUCCAAUGUUGACACAACAGUUGAAAGAGGAGAAGCAGAAGCAAGUCCACUUUUCCCGAAACCGAAGCGAAUAAGUACAUUAGAACAUAUUCAAGCCCUUCUUCGGUACUGUCAAAAUCAGUGGGUAUGGUUCACAUUGGGAUUCGUUUUCCUUGUGAUUUAUGCUGUCGCUCGUGUGUUUAUUCCAAACUUCACCGGUCAAGUGAUAGCGAAUAUUGUUAAGAAGGCUGGAGUGGCUUCGUUGGUUCGCUCUGUAACCAUCAUGGGUCUUCUUACUAUGGUCAGCACACUUUUCGGUGGACUGCGUGGAGGAUGUUUUGACUACGCAACGGCACUUGUCAGCCGCCAAGUGCGGCUCGAUUUGUUUCGAUCGUUGGUCAAUCAAGACAUCGCUUUCUUUGAUGUCACAAAGUCAGGCGAGAUAGUCUCUCGUUUAACAUCGGAUUGUCAGACGAUGUCGACGACUGUGUCAACGAAUCUAAACGUCUUUCUCCGUAAUGGUGUCAUGCUCGUUGGCGCUCUCGUCUUUAUGUUCGUUAUGUCAUGGCGUUUGUCAUUGGUGACCUUCAUUGCAAUUCCUCUUGUCGGGUUCAUCACUAAGUGGUACGGAGCAUACUAUGACAAGUUGUCCGAGAAGACGCAAACGACUAUUGCAGAUGCUAAUCAGAUAGCCGACGAAGUGCUGUCAACUAUGCGUACUGUGAGAUCAUUCGCAUGCGAGAGGCGAGAAGUAGAUCGAUUCGAAGGGAAACUUGAUGAAACCCUAAGGAUGAAUAGAAAGAAAGCUAUCGCUUACAUGGGUUACACGUGGAAUAACGAGUUCUGCGAUAAUGCUAUCCUUGUUGCUGUACUCUUCUACGGAGGACACUUGGUCAUGUCAGACAUGAUGACUACCGAUCAGCUGAUUACCUUCCUUCUUUACCAAAUGCAACUCGGAGAAAAUCUC